AUGGCGCUAGACGAUCGUACGCGGUUUUUCAACGUUGUCAAAACGAAAUCGCUCAAUACAUUUCGGGUUAUUGCGACAAAUCGCAUCAUAUUUCCUACAUUCAUUGACAAUCGAAGAUCAUUGACGUCGAGUGCUUAUAAAAUGGCGAAGAAUUUGGAGCCUGUGGCUGUAAAACGCACACAGAAACAAUGGGAGGUGCCAGUGAACAGCCAUCCUCCGCCAAAAUUGAUGAUCUACAAUAGUUUAUCGCGUCAAAAAGAAGUUUUCGAGCCGAAUGAUGGAAAACGAGUCCGUUGGUACAUUUGCGGUCCGACCGUUUACGACUCGGCUCAUAUGGGACAUGCGCGCGCUUAUUUGUCGCUUGAUAUUCUCCGUCGAGUUUUUACCAAUUAUUUCGGGUAUGACGUCGAAUUCAUCAUGAAUAUUACCGAUGUCGACGAUAAAAUCAUCAAAAGAGCUCGCCAACGUCAUCUGCUCAAAUCGUAUUUCGAUGAGUCGCAAGAAGCGCCGCCGGUGAAGAAGGUCAUUGAAGAUGUGCUAUCUGCGCUGGAGCAUUUCCAAGGAAAAUACAAUGACGAGCUUGAUCCUGAUAAGAAGAAAAUGUAUGAAGUCAUGAUCAAGAAAGUUCAAGAUUCGUCAUCAGCGUUGGAAGCGGCGAUGAUUGCAAAAGACGCAACUGGGAUUGAAAGUUCUAAAGGACGAUUGCUGAACGAAGCUCGCGAUGUGCUCUCGGAAUGGCUUGACGCGAAACGCGGCAAAGAUGUUCGAGAUCAUAGCGUUUUCGAUCAGCUCGCAAAAGCGUAUGAAAACGAGUUUUUCGCCGACAUGGCUCGCCUGCAUGUGCUGCCGGUCGAUGUGCUCACUCGCGUCAGCGAAUAUGUGCCAGAGGUCAUCAAAUAUGUCGAAAGGAUCAUUGCCAAUGGAUAUGCCUACGUUGCUUCCGAUGGUUCUGUUUAUUUCGACACGAAGGCGUUCGAAGACAAUCCGAAGCAUAGGUAUGCAAAACUUGUGCCCGAGGCGUAUGGAGGCGAUAGCGAAGUAUUGAUGAAGAAUAUGCGGGAAGGAGAAGGGGAAUUGAGUAUGGGCGACGAUCGAUUAAAGUCGAAAAGAAGCCCUAAUGAUUUUGCUCUUUGGAAGUCGUCAAAGGAUGGGGAGCCGUUUUGGGACAGCCCAUGGGGAAAAGGAAGACCUGGAUGGCACAUUGAGUGCUCUGUGAUGUCGUCGGCGAUUUGCGGAGCCAAAUUGGAUAUUCAUGCUGGAGGAUUCGAUCUGAAAUUUCCGCAUCACGAUAACGAAAUUGCUCAAGUUGAAGCUCAUUAUGAUGAUCCGCAUUGGGUUAAUUAUUUCCUUCAUUGCGGAACGCUUCGAAUUCAAGGAAUGAAAAUGUCGAAGUCAUUGAAGAACUUUAUCACAAUUCGAGAAGCGUUGAAACAAUAUACCCCCCGACAACUUCGAUUGUUGUUCCUUAUGCACAAUUGGGCUGAUGUGUUAGAUUAUAGUUCUUCGACGAUGGAACGAGCGUUGCAAUUCGAAAAGAUUGCCAAUGAAUUCUUCCUUCUUGUGAAGGAUUACAUUCGAAGGUAUUAUAAGCCGGAAAGUUCGCAGGGAUACCAGAAAUCGCAAGGACGCGAGAGGCAACUGAUGGAUGAGUUGGCGAAAAUCAAGGCGGAGAUUCAUGCUGCUCUUUGUGAUUCGAUUGACACUCGAACGGUUAUUGAGAAGAUUCGCGAGCUGAUUGGUCUUGGAAACGCGUAUAUUAAUGAGAAGGAAAAAGAAGGAUCAAUUCCGAACUGUAUUCUUCUUCGAAAUAUCGCCGCCUAUAUCACGAACCUUUUGAAAAUCUUUGGAGCGAUUCCGCAAUAUGAAGAAAUUGGGUUCUCAUCGGAAGACGAUGCUGACACUCUUGGAGCUACACCAACCUUCUCGAAGGAAGCCGUUGUUAUGCCGUAUCUGACCGCUUUGGCCGAAUUCAGAGAGAAAGUUAGAAAUAUUGCCAAAGAGCAUAAGAUUAUUGGAAUUUUGGAGGAAUGUGAUAAUUUGCGCGACAAGAUUCUACCCGAACUCGGAGUGCGGCUAGAGGAUCGAACAACUCAAACUUGUGUCAAACUCGUCGAUCGCGAAACUUUGCGUCGAGAGCAGGAGCAGAAGCAGGCGGAGAAGGAGCGAAAAGAGCGCGAAAAAGCGGAGAAAGAGCGAUUGGCGAAGGAGAAAGCCGAACGCGAUCUCGCCCAGAAGCGAAUUAAGCCCGAGGAGUUGUUCAAGCAGGGAGAAUAUGCUGGAAAGUUCUCAAAAUAUGAUGAUAAGGGAAUUCCAACGCAUGUUGCUGAAGGGGAGGAGGUUUCGAAAAAAUUGAGGAAGAAGCUUGAAAAACUGUGGGAGACGCAGCAAAAGAACUACAAACAGGUGACAGGAACCGCAUAA